AUGUAUAUUGAAAUUCAAGUUGGCGGUAUCGGUAUCAUUCUUCUGUGCAUAAUCUGCUCGGUGGUUUGCUGUAUUCUGGCGAAGAACCGAAGAAACAGGAACAAAUACGCCGCCAAUGGUUGGCCCCGGACGUCCUGGAGCACCUUACGUCGAGAAUGGAAUUCCACCACCACCACCUGCUGGACAACCUGCUCCAAAUUUAAAAACAUUUCCAACUUUAGAACCAAUUUCAAUAGAGCUUGA